AUGUCAUGUACGUUUGCUGUCUUCCUUGAUCCUUUAUACCGGUACAUUCCUGUCGUGAUUGAGGACAGGACGUGUUUCCAUGGGGAGGCCAGGAUGGUGUGGACAUUUUUUGGUUUACGAUCAGCCGUAGAUCUCUUUUAUGCAAUGGACAUUGCCAUCUUCUGGCGUCGGCGGAAUUAUACUAAUGCCAAGGCAUUUGAGGCAAGAAUCCACAAGCUGCUACCCUAUCUACCUCGUAUGUUUGUUGCUCUUCCCCUUCCACAGGAGCAGUUUAUGUUUCUUCUCUUUUUUUCUAUUUGCACAUAG